AUGCGCCGCAAGUUCCAGUACAAGGUCUUGAAGUCUAACAAGCUGAUAUAUACGAUUGGCUGCAUUAUAGAAAAUUGUACUUGGAGGAUGCACGCUUCAAAACUUAAUGGCACAGGGAUGUUCAAGAUCAAGACAUACAACUCGAAGCAUACUUGUACCAUGUCGUUUGAGGCGAUACGCCAAUCUGAGACCACGAUCAUGGUUGACCGUACUGAUAUAGUGACCUCGAAGAGGAAGGGGAGAGAUUAUCGUCAAGCCACCAGUUUGAUAAGCAGUGAAUUUGGCGUCGGUCGUAUGAGUUCGGGGCUGACCUGCACGGCAAAGGAAAUUCAAUAUCGUAUGAGUGAGAUGUAUAGUGUUGAGAUCAGUUACAAGAAAGCAUGGAAGGGUAAAGAGAUAGCAACCAAAAAAGUCUUGGGAUCCUACGAGGGUUCUUAUAAUGAGCUCCCAGCGUAUCUUCACGAGUUGAAAAAGACCAAUUUAGGGACUGUGACAGAGUUGCAGGUGAACGAGGGGACAAAUAGUUUCGAACAAUGCUUUAUUGUGCUUAGGCAGUGCAUCAGAAGCCUAAAUUUACAUGUUCGGAGGGUGUUGUGUGUUGAUGCCACACACUUAACAGGAAGGUACAAGGGCGUUCUCUUCAUGGCUACUACAUUGGAUAGAAACAAUCACGUCCUCCCUAUGGCGUAUGAGAUCAGAGAAUUUGAGAACAAUAGUAGCUAG